ACUCGCUUUUCUCGUGGUAAGCGGGCGCGCCAUAGCUUUAGCAAUGAGCAAAAGAAUACUUGCCAUAUCCGACGGUUCCGAUUCGUACUCGUGGUCGCGCCAUUCACGAUCUCCAGAAUCAACCCCACGUAAACGCAAAAGCCGAUGGUCGUCGGCCUCGGACUCCGAUCGCACUUUCAUUCCUGGUAUGCCGACACAGCUGCCUCCCAACCUGACGCCACAGCAAGAGAGGAUUUACAUAAUUCAACUUCAAAUUGAAGAUAUUUCUCGGAGGUUGAAGAGCGGUGAUUUGGGCAUUCCUAAGAAUCCAGAGGACAGAUCGCCUUCUCCAGAGCCAAUAUACAGCAGUGAAGGAAAACGGCUAAACACCAGGGAAUACCGUACACGCAAAAAGAUGGAGGAUGAACGUCACAGUUUGGUGCAGCAGCUGAUGGAACUGAACCCGGAUUACAAGCCCCCUUCAGACUACAAGCCACCACAAAAUCGGAUCACCGAUAAGGUGUUCAUUCCUCAAGAUAAUCACCCGGAUAUCAACUUUGUGGGGCUUCUGAUCGGUCCCCGUGGUAAUACCCUGAAAGCGUUGGAGAAGGAAACGGGAGCAAAAGUCAUCAUCCGUGGCAAAGGGUCAGUAAAAGAAGGGAAAGUGGGCAGACGUGAUGGGCUUCCUAUGCCAGGUGAAGAUGAACCGCUACACGCUUUCGUCUCUGCUCCUAUCGCUGAGGCGGUUGAAAAGGCAGUGAGAAAAAUUAACGAAAUCAUCCGUCAAGGCAUCGAGGUUCCCGAGAGUCAAAAUGAUCUACGCAAAGCACAGCUUCGCGAAUUAGCUUUAUUAAAUGGCACUCUCCGAGAACACGAGGGUUUGAUGAAACUUCGAGCUAUGGCCGAGGCUCAAACAAUCGCCACCAAUAAAAUUCAGUGUGGAAUCUGCGGUGGUGCUGGACAUUUGUCUACUGAUUGUAAAGUCAACAUGGGUGGUGUGGCUUACAUGGAUCAGCUCAACGCCAACCCAGAACGAGCGAAGAUGGACAGCGAAUAUUCAGCAUUGAUGGCCGAAUUAGGUGUUGGGGCAGGAUCGAUGUUGGCUUCAGGAAUGGGCCGCUUGGCUGGACUACGUGCCCAGGGUUCUCGACCACCCCGCCAACCCCCUCCGCCCGGAAUCGCACCUUCUGAGGAUGACGAUGAUGGUGACACUGGCACGUCCACGGUAAAUGGAAGCACGACCACUUCAGUAUCUGUCGCACCGGUCCCACCCGUUUCUGAAAACUAUACAUAUGGGUUACCUCCUCCUCCAGCGUUACCUGGAUCGCAGUAUCCACCUAUGGUCUCAACAGCUGCUGUUUGGCCCGGUCAACCUAUGAUGAUGCAGCCGGUUGCUGGUGCUUAUGCCCCCAUGCCAGUAUACCCACCAGUUUCGGUCACAGGAACUGGCGUCUACACGGUGCCAACCUCCGAGGGCGCCAAUUCAUCCUCCGCGCUGUGGCAAUCCGUUGACCCAACGCAAGUCUCAUGGGGAGACCCAGCUGCAAUGGGCUAUGCAGCUCCUGGAAUGAUGUCUACUGCAUAUGCACCAGUUGCCGGCUCCUAUUGGGGUGGUGUUUAUCCCCAAGUACUCCCGGCUCCUCCACCGCCUCCACCUCCACCAGGUGUGUGAGAAAAAAUGCAGCUCUUAUGUACAAACCCUUGACGCUGUUUUACAUCAAUAAUCAUGAUUGUCCCUUCUGCCUUCCUCUCCUGUUCCAUCUGUUGUACAAAAAAUGGCCACUAAUGUCAUGGCAUCCUCCUCACUCCAUACUCGCCCCUAUCCUAUCACUUCAACAAUUCUGGCAGCCUGUUGAGUCUUCGUAUUAACUAGUUUCGUUUUUGAGUCUGUGUGCGCACUCCACAUAGCGCAUUGUCAAAUAAAACGUUUGAGGUCAUUUACUGUCUGAGUGGAUCUUACCCCGGUUUUUAAUUCGGGACUUUCCUCUUUCUCGUUACUCUCCAUACUGAGCGGAGCGCUUCACGUAAACAAUUUGUGAUACAAUUCUUCACAGUCGGGGUGCACUCUAUAUAUUUUCCUGGCGUCAAUUUUCUACUCACCAAAAUUGUAACUUCCACUGUGCCACGUUUGUGCUUUGGAACAGCUUAAGCUUUGAUGCACAAUUCGAAUUCUACUUGUUCGGAUUUAUCUGAUUUCCUGACUGCGGCAUAUCCAAACUUUUCAGCUAGUUUGAUCAACUGUUCACUCGUUAAUGAUCGUUGGGGCGACCAGGGCUAUUCGGUUCAUCGGUUUUGGAUUCAAUUGCACAGGCUGGUUUUAACUGAAUUAGUCCAUUAUCGCCCGUUGUAUUUACUUGCACUCUACCGAGCAUGUACUAAACUUCAGCGCUCUUUGUUCUAAUUCCUACUUCCACCAUUUUCUCAAGUUGCUGUCUGCUUACACUCUCGAGUUCUGUGCGGUGCUUCUGACCGCGUUUAGCUCAUAUAUUCAGCUCGCGAUGUAUAGGUGUU